GGCUGUGACGUGUUCUGCGUGCCGAGCAGGCGCCAACCAAGCUGUUUUGAUGGGCCUUUGUGGUCAAACUGUAGUGAUCUCCAAGCAUCACUGCCACCGAACAAAGUCAUCAAGUUCAUUUACCUCAACGUCCUCUUUCGAAAUAAUAAUUACAUCCGUCAAUACCAACACACAGACACUUAAAUGUCCUGCCUAAAUGUUACCGCCCUGAAGAUUUCGCAGUUUUCGUGUUUAGGAUCUCGGCUACAUAACGAGAUUUUUUUAUACACAUCUCCCUUUCACAAUCUUCACAAGGUUUUACGUCAGGAAUAUAAGAACACAUCGCCAGGUAUCCGGACAUAAGAGCUUCUUUCAAUUCGUCCGAGAUCAAACUAUGGAGGUUUUACGACCUACUCUGAUUAGCAUUAAUGGGAGAAUUUACAGAAAAAAUGUUGUCAAGGAACAGACUUUUCAUUAUGAAGGUGAUGAAGAAGAAGACAUUUCAUACUCGGCCAGGAUCGACUGUGCUGACGAGCCCUGCGACUCUGUCAGCGUGGAACAGACAGAAAAGGGGUUUCGCUGUGCCAUAGAUGUUCCCAGUGUCCUGUACAAGUAUAUUAUAGGAAGAAAAGGAGAGACCAGGAAGAGGCUGGAGUCUGAAACCCAGACUUCAAUCACCAUUCCGAAACAGGGGGUCGAGGGACAGAUAGUGAUCACUGGUCAGCAGCGGGCUGCGGUGAUUUCUGCUUUCACCCGCAUUGAGGUUCUGAUCGAGAGCUUUCGCAGGAAGCAGCCGUUCACUCACUUCCUGUCCUUCCCUCUGAACCACUCCAGCAUCCAGGAGCGAUUUCUGCAGUUUAAAGAGGAGGUCCUGGAGCAGUGUUCCCAGGACCGCGGAGUGGACAGCAGCAUCUUUCAGAACCCAGCCAAGCUGCACCUGACUAUCGGCACACUGGCUCUGCUCAGUGACACGGAAGUGACCAAGGCAUGCGACUUGGCACAGCAGUGUCAGGGCUUUAUCAAGGAUGUCACUGGGGGACAGCCCCUUCCCCUGGAGGUGGUGGGGAUUGAAUACAUGAACGACGAUCCUGCCAUGGUGGACGUUCUGUACGCCAAAGUCCAGCCGAAAGAUGGGUCUGACAAGCUGCAAGCCAUUUCAGACAGGCUGGUGGAGCACUUUGUGUCAUCCGGCCUGAUGAUUAAAGAAUGGGACAGAGUCAAGCUUCAUGCCACUGUCAUGAACACGCUGUUCAGAAAGGACCCCUCUGCUGAGGACAAAGGGGGUCCUGCUGCAGGAAGGCAGAAUAUGAGGGAUCGGGAGUCAUUUGAUGCACGAAACAUUUUAAAGAAGUUUGGAACAUAUUACUUUGGGGAAUUUGACCUGAAUUCAGCCCACAUCUCCCAGAGAUAUUCAACAGAUGGCUCUGGGUACUACACCUCUUCGGGGGUUGUGACAUUCUCAUGAAGACGUCUUCUCAGCUGGCCUUCACUCUGACUGAAACACAGGAGUUGGGAACAAUCAAGGAUUCAUGAGAAAGCACAGCGAUUCAUGGUUGACCUGUUCAGGAGGUUAACUGGUUCCACAGGUUUAGUAGUCUUCUUGAAUGUUUUGCUGAAAAACCAAAGCCUGUUUUUUUUCAGUUCUAAAUGAGGGUGCAUUCAGCACUUUUGUCAUUAAAUCUUUUUCUUUCCUGUGUUCUUGCUUCUGCAUCUUUCCUGGGCUAGGAUGCCAUACUGAUCACCCAGCAGGUGUCGCCAGAGAGUACUAUUUGAUAGGAAUGUGGGAAUGAAGGGAAAUGAGCGAGGAAUAGCUCAAGUCUGAUAAAAUCACUAGAAUGACAAGGUGCCGUAGUUCAGCCUAAGAUUAAAAAAAAAAGUGUCUGAGCUGCUGUGGCGUUUGAAAUUGACUUUCUCUGCUGUGGUGUGCACUACUCGCACCUCAAAUCGAAAGUUCUUGGAAGAACUCCAUUUACUGAUAAAAACUGUUCAAUUUAAAAUUGGAAAUGGUUUGAUUUAUUGCUAGAGGAUACAGAAAAAGAGUCUGAGUUGCCUCUAGUACUUUAUAAAAUGUUGUAGUUCUAAAAUACUAAGCCUUGCUCGGAGGUAGUGGUCUUUAACUCUGUUAGACCGUUUUACUUCGUAAUGGGGUGGAAGUAACAUUUAACAACUAUUUUCAACAAUUUUAUGAAAAUAGUUUUUAUUGUGGAUUUCUAAAAUGACUUAAUGUGCUUAAAACUAUAAAUAGGCGAGAUGGAAUUAAUGCAAACACCAUGUGUUUGACAGCGAGUUACAAAAAGACGCACGGUACUUGGAUCACAGAUCCAGCUUGGGUGCCAACUUAAUAGUCUGAGAAAGAUUUAAAACUGGCUGAUUAAAAAGUGAGACUUGUUUAAGGAGCAAAGCCGCUUUGAUUUGAUAUGACUGCUGCUGGAAUGUAAAAUGUAAUUCAGUGCACGGACUGGCCACAAUAUUAGGAACCCCAAGUGAAAUGAACACCUUCCCUGGCCAGAACAGCCCCCAAGUCUCAGCCCUUUGAAGCUGACGGAACCAGAGGAAUAGGCGUGACACAGCCUGUGUGUGCAGAGCUCCAGUGUAAUAUUUGGUGGGGGUUCCUAGUAUGUUGACCAGGGAGUGUAUUAAGUAUAAGUAUGAACAUCCGGUACUGAAUGCUGAGCUCCCUCAGGACUAUUUUGAAUUUAAGCUGGUUCUUGCUAGAACAGCCAGAGGGGGACAUGUUUUUGUGAGUGUAAUCUUUGCACAAAAAUAAAGAUGAAAAUAUAAAACUGCA